GGGGCCAGGCAGCAACGCAAUGUAUCGAGGAUCAACUGUCUCCUGUUUUCACGGAUAGGGACAGGGGGUUCAUGACAAGCAACGCCAAGAUACAUCCUCCUCAGAAGCUGGCGAAAGACACAGACCUACGACAAAUAUUCUGUGUGAAUCGUUUGUGUGAAGAUGAGAAGCAUUCUCGGUUCAUUCACAUUACUUGUAUUCAUUCACUGGACGCUGGUCUCAUCUCAGUCAUGCCCGUCAGUGAAACGAGACCUUGUCAUCCUGCUGGACAGUUCAGGCAGCUUGACCAAGGAGGAAUUCCAUGAGGCAACGGAGUUUCUGGCAAGCUUCAUCGAUGACCUUGAAGUCAGUGCCGAGGCCUACCAGAUUGCUGUCGUUCGUUUCUCAGAUAACACACGUCGAGAAGCAAAGUUGGGCCAGUUCAAUGAAAGGAAGGAGGAUCUGAUGUCAAAGGUGGUGAAGAUCUACCACAAUGGCGGAGGGACAAACACAUCCAAGGCUCUGAAUUACGCUCUGACGAAGAUCCUCACCAAGGGAAACAGGAAGGACGCGUCGGAUCAGAUUCUGACUCUAACGGACGGCGAAUCUGACGACAUGAAAGCCACAGCUCGAAUGAUAGAAGUUGCGCAUAGAAAGCAGGUGGAGAUGAUCUCGAUUGGGGUGGGAGCGGGCGUGAACGACAUAGAACUCCGAAACCUAGCGUCAAGGUCAGAGCUUAUGUUCAAGGUCAAAAGUUACGCCGAAUUGAGCAAUAUCAAGAGUCAACUUGUCGCCUCUUCAUGCGGACUGACGAUGACAGUUCCAACAACCACUUCAACUACAACCACAACAACGACGACUCCAACGACAACAACCACGUCACCUACAACAACGACCACAGCUACAUCCACGAUAACCCCGCCUACAACAACAACAGCGACAAAUCCAACAACGACCUCUACAACAUGGGAAACGACAACGUCAUUGGCCACAGACACACCAACUCUCAACUCAACAUCGACGACGAACAUGUCGCUUCCUUACUCUAACUCAACAAAUGACGAGGCCUCCCGAGACGCCAACUACUACAACCACGAGGUCAUCAACCACGGCUUGAGAGAGAAGCGUAAUAUGGUAGAAUCGGCAUCGGCGCAUUGGCAGAAGGUGAUGGGGACGUCUGUGGCGGUGUUCGCGCUCACUGCGAUCAUCUCAGGAAUGAUCGCGAUAAUCGUAAAAAAUCGGAGGAGAAAACGCAAAAAACACACUCUCGACACACUUUGAACAUAGCGAUCUUCUAACGUCAUUUUCUUCUAUAUUUUGCGUACAACUUAUUAAAACCUAAUGCCAUUGAAAAAUAUAUGUCCAAAGUAUUUGUAACAUGACUAUUAUCAUUAUUAUCAUUAAAGUUCCCAUAAUUCAUUUU